GAACGAUACACACUCGACAAAGAGAGAAAGAGAGUGAAGAGUCGUCAAGAAACAUUCAUAUUCUCUUCCUUUUAGUAAAUAAAAUAUAAUUUCCAGGAAUGGGUUCGGAAGCUGCCGUCACCGCCGUGGACAACCUCCAGCAACCAUUACUUGAGCCAACGAAGUCGGAAGUUGACUUCAGGAUGGAGAGUGUGUUAACAGACACUCAUUUGCCUUAUCUCCGGCGGCUAUAUUUCGCGGCGUUGAUCGAGCUGAAAUUUCUCUUCAACCUGGCGGCUCCAGCGAUCUUUGUCUACGUCAUUAAUAAUGGCAUGUCUAUGCUCACUCGUAUCUUCGCCGGUCGUAUUGGAAGUAUGCAACUCGCCGCCGCUUCUCUAGGAAACAGCGGUUUCAAUAUGUUCACAUUUGGUCUCAUGCUUGGAAUGGGAAGUGCAGUGGAAACAUUAUGUGGACAAGCGCACGGAGCUCACAGAUACGAGAUGCUCGGAGUCUACCUACAAAGAUCAACGGUGGUUCUAUUCCUCACCGGACUUCCGAUGACACUACUCUUUAUCUUCUCCAAACCUCUCCUCACUUCACUCGGCGAGCCAGCUGAUGUGGCAUCAAUGGCUUCCAUAUUCGUCUACGGUAUGAUCCCAAUGAUCUUCGCUUACGCCGUCAACUUCCCCAUACAAAAGUUCCUCCAGUCACAAAGCAUCGUCACGCCAAGCGCUUACAUCUCAGCCGCCACGCUCGUCAUCCACAUAUUCCUAUCUUGGCUGGCCGUUUUCAAGCUCGGGUGGGGCUUACUUGGCCUCUCAGUGAUUCACAGUCUCUCGUGGUGGAUCAUUGUUCUUGCUCAAGUUUUGUAUAUUAAGGUGAGUCCAAGAUGUCGCCGGACUUGGACCGGGUUUAGCUGGAAAGCUUUUGAUGGUCUUUGGGACUUUUUCCGGUUAUCGGCGGCUUCUGCCGUCAUGCUCUGCCUUGAGUCUUGGUACGCUCAGAUUCUUGUUCUACUCGCUGGACUUCUCAAGAACCCUGAACUCGCCUUGGAUUCUCUAGCUAUCUGCAUGUCAAUUUCUGCUAUCUCUUUCAUGGUCUCCGUUGGAUUCAACGCAGCUGCAAGCGUGAGAGUUAGUAAUGAAUUAGGAGCUGGAAAUCCAAGAUCAGCAGCAUUUUCAACCGCAGUAACUACAGGAGUGUCGUUUUUACUAUCACUGUUUGAAGCCGUACUGAUCCUCUCGUGGCGCAAUGUCAUCAGCUACCUUUUUACAGACAGCCCAGCUGUUGCUGAAGCUGUAGCCGAGCUCACUCCUUACUUGGCUAUUACCAUAGUUCUCAAUGGAGUUCAACCUGUUUUAUCUGGCGUUGCCGUUGGAUGUGGAUGGCAAGCAUUUGUGGCGUACGUUAACAUAGGAUGUUAUUACAUUGUGGGGAUCCCUAUUGGUUAUGUUCUUGGUUUCACCUAUGACAUGGGAGCUAAGGGAAUAUGGACAGGAAUGAUUGCGGGUACGCUCAUGCAAACUAUCAUCUUACUCAUUGUCACUUUCCGAACUGAUUGGGAUAAAGAGGUGGAGAAGGCUUCAAGACGAUUGGACCAGUGGGAAGAUACACAAGCGCCGCUUCUUAAGCAGUAAACAAAAAUGAUAUUUUUAAAAAGAAAAAUUAUAUUGGGGGAGAUUUAGAGGUCAAUUAAAUACAUUUUUUUCUUCUGGUCUUCUCCAAAUUGAUUUAAAAGGGAUUAAAACCUCAUUAGUUAAUCAAGAGAUCUGUUGAUUAAUGAAUUGGAAAACCAAUAGUUUUCUGAGGGGUUAGAGUGAAGAGAAGGGAGUCAAUGUAUAUUUUUUUGUGAGAUGAGUUUUUUUUUUGUCAAGUAAGAUGAGUUAAUAUUGAGAAGUGAGAAUGAAAUGUUGAAAUAAAAGAUGAUGUCUUGCGUGUAAAA